UUUUUCCUCUCUCUCUCUCUCGCUGGCUAUAAAAUCCCCUGGCUCCCCCUGGUUGGAAGAAAUCUCCGACCAUUUUCCGUAUCCGAUAUCUUCCCACUUCGUUUCCUUCCUCCCUCUCUUUGUAACAAUCUGUAUCGGGCUACCUCCGACCUCCUCCGGUAUUACAUUUGUUACAAUAGAUAUGGGUUUCCUCGAUAAGCUCUGGGACGAUAUAGUCGCCGGUCCCAAACCCGAAACGGGCCUCGGCAAGCUACGAAAGUACGACUCUUUCUCAGCCUCACGACCCCCUCCACUUAUCACCGACGAUAUUCCAAUAUCUCGGAGCAUCACCAUCAUCAAGACCAACUCCAAAUUCCGCAACUUUUCCGGCGAUUCGGGUUCCGUCCCCUCUUCUCCCGCUGGCUCUAACACUCCUGGGUCGCCGUUCUCACCGGCUACGCCGGGAGAGGAUUUUAGGAGAUUGAUGAGAAGGAAAUCGACGUCGGAAGUGCUCGAACGCGCACAACCUAGAAGCCCAACCGUUUACGACUGGGUAGUGAUAAGCGCGCUGGAUCGUUGAGAGAGGAAGCGGCGAUUUUGUUGAAGAAUCGGCACGAUGUUUCUGUAUUACUGUAUAUAGAGAACCAGAACCAUUGCAAAUAUCAUCUAUCUAUCUACCUAUUUAUCUAUCUACUAUAAAUAAAACAAAAUGUGCCAAUGGAAACUCUUUGGAGUUUUGGAUAGAGUAGACAGAGCAGCAGAGAAAGAGAGAAAUUAGGAGAGGAGAAGCUAUCAUUUGGCAUUUGCUCAGCGACGGCUUGGCUAGCUCUCCUCUCCACCACCCCAGCUACCUUGCUGGAUCUUAUUUUUCUUUGUUUCUUUCUUACUUUUCUCUGUACAUAUAUUUUUUUCUUCUUCCCUUGGCUUUAUCCUGACUUUUGUAAAUUCGCCUAUGUAUCAUCAAACUUAUGUCAAUAUAAUGAAAUAUAAAAUUAGUGGAUCCCACUAACAAAAAUCA